AUGGCAGUAUGCGCAGUGACCUACUUUGAAACUCAAGCACGAUUAACGGCUUGGACCGAUGAGCUUGAAUUCCUGGGCUAUAUUCUUUGUGAGCUGAUCGAUGAGGAGGGCUUGAAUACGACAGGAUAUCGAUGUCAUCAGGCUGCUGACCUGCCCGCUAUCAUCGGCAUUCUCCGUCCUCAAUUGAGGGAACCUGAUGGAUACCUCGCCAAAAUGAUGAGUGAAGACGAAUUAAGACUCUUCCGCCGACUGUUGAGAAAAUCAAAAGUUAUUAGGAAUUUUAUGGCACACCAUAACAUGCGAAAUGACAGAUUGGAUGAUCUUGAAAACACUAAAGAGAGUCUAAGUGACAUGCUUGAAUUCGCCAUUAGGGGGGCAGCCUCGGAUCGUGGAAUAUAUCAGGUUUCCUGGUGUCCCUGUCAUCAUAUCUGCAAAACAUACAUGGAAGCGAAGGGACCACUGACAGUCAUGGUUCCGCUUAAUGCAGGAUCACUGCUAUCUUUUCGUGGCCGAGUCCUACGCGAUCAUGAUCUCGAACAAAGACAGGUGCUCCACCGACACCCAAAGCGUAAGGCAACCGAAGAAGGCCGACGAAAGCAAAAGGAUGAUUAUGAAACCGCCCUCAUCAGAAAACAACAAAGAAAGGAGCGAGAUAUCGCCAUGCGGUCCAGCCAGCAAUAUAACAAACUUGAUAGGAUAAAACAAAGAUUCAUCAAGUCGCAGGAACUGGGAUAUGCUCGAAUAAAUGAAGUCAAAAUGCAGAUGAGAGAAGAAGAAAAUAUAUUCUAUCGGCGACGAGCCGAAAUUCUCAAAGACGGAGCAUUUCACCCAACUGUUGAGGAGAAGUCAUUGUUCAUUAUAAUCCUUCUUGCAACUAGCUCGCCGCUCUGGCUGACGGUUGUGUUCAUCUACAAUAUAUAUUGUAGAACUCAAGGUCGUUAUAGUCGUGCAUAA